AUAUUCUUUUGCAUUGACAGAAGACAAAUAUCUCACUGACGGUAAUAUUUCGUAUAGUGAUGGUAGUCCUAAUGUUCCUGGUGCAAUUUCGACGUCUAUAAGAUUACAUUUUCAAGAGCCUACUUCUUCAGCACCGUUGUCACGUGCUUUUUCAAGAAGUUCUUUAACGUCGCGUGUUCUGUCUUCGCGAUUUAAUAAUACACUAAGAAACCGAGUACAAACAGGAAAUCACUGUUAUAAUAGUGGUGAUCGUGGAAGAACAACGCAUGACAACGGUGGUGUUGUGCGAUCUACUGGAGAGAUCUCUCCAGCAAGAACACAGUCUUGGCAAGAAUUGUAUGAACGAGAUCCACGGUAUGAUAAAUUGUUACCUUCGCCCGAAGAAAUUAUUCAACAAGAACAAAAAUUGCAGCAAGAAUCAUCUCAAUACCAAAAUGGAAGGGCGUGGGUACAAUAUGCACUUCAAAAUUCUAACGAGGUCAUUACUGAGCAGAAAGAAAUAGAUCAACUCUUACCGCAACGGCUAUCUCAAUCUCCUCCAUCAAAUGGUCAAGUUCUUAAUGAUGACAGCAAAAAACCUGAAGAACAGAGAGAAAAUUCAAAAGAACAAUAUCAUCUCAAUGUUUUCUUUACAAUCUGCAGGCACAUUAACGCAGAAUAUACAAUUAGAUCAUGGCCAAAAAACAAAAGGUAUUGCGUAAUAUUACGCGUACCAAUACUUAAAAGAUCGUUUGGCGGGUUUAAAGGUACAAAAGAAUUAGCAUUAGAAAUGGUAGCAGGAAUGGCAAUCGAGGAAUUCUCUAGGAGGAUGCCAGAAAUCGCACAUAAUGUGUUGAAAACGGAAGAUUUAGUUGCAUUAGAAUGUUUGAUUGAAAAUUCUGCGAAGGUUAAUGGCGAGAAAGAAAAGGACGAGAGGAUGAAAAAUGAGGAGGAAGAUGAAUGCGUUUACGCAAAGGAAGAAAACAUCGUUGUAAAUGGAAUGACCAUUGAAGACGUAGAGAUCAAGCUUAAUAAAUGA